GCAGCAGCAGCAGGAGCAAGAAGCGGCGGAGGGAAGCGGCGCCGACGAGCAGGAGAGGAGGACCUUCCUGAGCCUGGAGGAGGCCGGGCUGGUGGAGAUGUCCGGCCUCAGCACGCACGAGCGCUUCCUCUGCCGCCUCACCGAGGGCGUCCCGAUAGAGGAGCUCAACGCCGGCCGCGUCUGCGACUGGUUCAUCAAGGACAAACUCAAGAGGGAGCAGAACAUCGGCACCGCCGUCCUGCAGUGGGACGACCCUGGCCUCUAGCUUCAUCCUAGGGCUACGCUGUUUAUCUUGCUGCACGGGAGGAUGCAAUGCACGGGCUAUGGUGGAAUAGAGAUUUUUGUUUCAGCGCCCUUUGCUGGAUGCCAUGAUCAAUGAACUAGAUGAGCUUGAUGACAUGUUCACUUUGUAUUCAGUCUUGAUCAUACCUGUAUUCUGUUGUUGCAUCACAAUACCUGGAGGGUUCCCUUCAGGGUCAACUUCCUUGAUAUGUAUGGUUCAGGCCCUUUUCGGGUGAGCAACCAAAGCUACAAGUUCAGUAUUUUUACGAGCCGUGAAGAUCACUCACAAUUGGAUCAAAUCUAGUUACGAAAAAAAAUAAUUUCAUGCCUUCUCGUCAGAACUUUCGAUUUGGUUUCAUGUUUGCAAAAUUUCUGUAGCGUCGGACAAUUUCCCGGGGAGCAAAAUACAGGCAAACUGACACGGACGCAGUCAUGGCCUCAUGGGGCGAGGCAAACAUCAGAAACGCCUGCCCCGCUCAUUUCGUCGAACACCUGCCGCGCGUCUCCUCUUUGCCGCCGACGCACUCCUCCGAUGCGCCGCUUCUGCCACGUCCCUCGCGGCCGGCGGGCGUCCACCGCGCCCCACGACCAUCAGCCACUCCCGCCGCCCGAGUGGAUCGAGCCGUACCCGGACCUCGCGGACCCGAGCCCGUACGCCUCCGCCUCGUCCGCGCCGCCCACCCCGUCGCCGUGGCUGCCCCGCGUGAUCUCCCUCGUCCUCCGCUCCCCGCCCGCCACCCUCGCCGCCGACCUCCGCGCCUUCUGCAAGACCUUCCUCAUCCGCCUCUCCCCGGCCUUCGUCGCCGCCGCGCUCCGGUCCCCGCAGCUCAACUCCUGCCCGCUGCCGUCGCUCCACUUCUUCCGGUCCCUGCCCAACGGCGCCGACCUGCUCGCCCACCCGCAGAGCCUCCUCAGCUGCUACGUGUCCCUCCUCCACUCCUUUGCCCGCUCCAGGGACGCCGCCCCAGAUGCUGUCGGUCAGGUGCGGCUGCUCGUCGCCGAGCUGCGAGCGCACGGGGACGCCGUCCUGCAGCACCUCACUCCGGCGUCGUCGGCAUCGCUGAUCCGCAGUCUGGCCGCACUCGGCCUAUCCGAGGAGCUACUGUGGGCGUGGCAGGCCAUGCGCCUCGCCGGCGUCGAGCCGUCCAGGCUCACCUACAACUGCCUCCUGGAUGGUCUGGUUAACGCCGGCCUCCUAGACACUGCCAUCAACGUGUUCGACGCAAUGUCCACGGAGGAUCGGGUGCGUCCUGACGUGGUUUCCUACAACAUUCUCAUCAAGGGGUACUGCCGCGCGGGGAGGACACAAGAUGCAAUGACACGUUUUGCAGAUAUGCGGGAACAUGCAGAGCUCGCGCCGGACAAGGUCACAUACCUUACUCUCAUGCAGCGGCAUUACAGUGAAGGCACGUUUCCACAAUGCAUAGCACGGUUCCAAGAGAUGGAAGAGAGGGGAAUGGGGAAGGAGAUACCUCAGCAUGCUUAUGUGCUGGUGAUUGGAGCGCUCUGCAAGGACGGGAAACCAUUCGAGGGGAUGGCAGUGUUUGAGAGGAUGCUGAAGCGAGGGUGUCCUGCCAAUGCAGCCAUGUACACUGCACUCAUUGACUCGAUGGGUAAGUUUGGGAGGGAGAAAGAGGCAAUGGCACUCUUUGAGAGGAUGAAAGCCAGUGGAAUUGAGCUUGAUGCGGUAACAUAUGGUGUGGUUGUUAAUUGCUUGUGCCGAUUUGGCAAUAUGGAUGAGGCACUUGCAUGCUUCAGGAGUUGUGUAGAGAAGGGUGUUGCAGUGAAUGCCAUUUUCUAUACAAGCCUAAUUGAUGGCUUUGGAAAAGCUGGGAUAGUUGACCAGGCACAGGAGCUCUUCAUGGAGAUGGUGUCUAAAGGUUUUGUGCCUGACUCAUAUUGUUACAACGUUCUGAUUGAUGCAUUAGUCAAAGCAGGAAGAACAGAUGAUGCUUGUGCUUUAUACAAGAGAAUGGAAGACGAUGGUUGUGAUCAAACAGUCUACACAUAUACCAUACUCAUUGACGGUUUGUUCAAGGAACACAAGAAUGAGGAGGCCCUGAAGUUCUGGGACAGCAUGAUUGACAAAGGAAUCACCCCCACUGCUGCAGCUUUCAGGGUCCUAGCCAAUGGACUCUGCCUUUCUGGCAAAUUCAGCCGGGCAUGCAGGAUACUGGAUGAACUGGCUCCAAUGGGGGUGAUCCCUGAGACAGCCCAUGAGGAUAUGAUCAAUGUCCUGUGUAAGACUGGCAGGUUCAAGCAGGCCUGCAAAUUGGCUGAUGGAAUUGUGCAGAAGGGCCGUGAGAUACCUGGGAGGGUUCGAACAAUGAUGAUCAAUGCACUAAGGAAAGCUGGAAACACCGACCUGGCAGUUAAGCUGGUGCAUAGUAAGAUCGGCAUUGGGUAUGAAAGAUCUGGCAGCAUAAAAAAAAGAGUGAAAUUUCAGACCCUGUUUGAGUGAGUUGCCAGUGGUGUUUUCCUCAAAAGUGAGGAGAGCCCUGAGUUACACCGAGGUUAACAUCUCGUGCUCCAGGGCCCAGGCUAUCUUCCUGAAGAAAGCAUCCCCUCCACACAGGAUUUUCUGUUGAAUCGUUUGGUAGCUGCGAGGGCUAAAGAAAGCUUCACCAGCUUUAAAUCGAUAAAUUAUUUUGCUUUUCAGUUUUGUAAGAUACCUUUCUCUGAUUGCUUGAAGAACCAAACUGAGUUCAGUUUCUUCGA